CAAAACGCUGGAAAGUGGUGACCACGUACCGUGAUCCUACAUCCUAUUUCGUGACUCGUGUCAUCUCCUUGCCUUUUCCCUUGUCGACAUAGCUUGUAACCUAUCGCCAUUUGCUAUAUUCGGUCUUUAAUAGAUGCUGCUUUUAUUCUUGAUAGAAAAUUCCCAAGAGGCAAAUUUGAGUCAUUAAUCCUUCGGUUGCUGUUUUUUAUUUACACUUAACUAUCUAGUCUUAAUAAAUCCUUGCUUCAUUUGAUAUCUCAUUCCUUGGCUAAUCGGUUACCCUCCUUACUAAAAUACCAUAUGCCCACUCUCAACGGAACCUGCGAAUUACCACUGUGAAUUGCCAUCAUUCUCUUAUCACCCGGUUCAAUAAAUCACCAGAGAAAAGGUUUACUGAACAAACAACAAACUUGGCUGGAGCGUUCACAUCCCACAUAAGAACGAUAUUAAUCUUUUGCGACCGCGAUUUCUUGACAACUUUACUUUGCGCAUAUUUAUAUUGUGACUUGAGUGUAUGCGACUGCGACGCGACAGCAACAACGGCAGCGAUAAAGGAUCACAGCCCACCCUCGGCAGUAAACGCAUCGCAGACACAGUCCGUAGAUGUAUUCAGUGCGGUAGAAGCAUGCGGGGGUUUGUCUCUCUAGUGUUGGUCAUCAUACGGCUAUGGUUUGCCUUUUCACCGAGCUAUCUUCAUCCAGAUGAGAAUUUCCAGGGACCCGAGGUCAUUGCCGGCCAGAUCUUCAGCUACCCCGUCCGACUGACUUGGGAAUUCACGAGCGACCACCCUAUACGCAGUGUGUUUCCACUAUGGCCAAUCUAUGGGUUGCCCAUGCUACUGCUGAAGUGGCUGGGGAUUGGUGUUUGGAGCGAUGGCGAGAUUCCACCAAUCGCGGUAUUCUGGACGUUGCGCGUUCUGAUGUUCGUCUUGAGCUUCGUGUUAGAGGAUUGGGCUAUAUAUGAGCUGGUCCCGUCUCGACGACAUCGCUGGGUUGCUAUGCUGCUUGUAGCAUCCUCGUAUGUGACAUGGACUUUUCAAAUGCACACCUUCUCCAAUUCCAUUGAGACUCUCGUGGUCGCAUGGUCCUUGGUACUUAUCGAGCGCAUUCUCGAGACUCCACAUACUUCCUUAACUGCGUCGACAGUGCUCGGAUUUGUAGCCGUCUUUGGCUUUUUCAACAGAAUUACUUUCCCUGCUUUCUUACUUAUUCCUGCACUUCGAUUGAUACCCCAUUUUUUAAAGAAACCUCUGUCCUUCGUAAUUAUGGCAACGUCUGGACUUUUAACCACUAUAAUCGCCAUCUCUGUUGAUACUUCGUUUUAUACGCCACACUCCAUCACCUGGUCUGAUUUGUAUCGCCAUCCAGUCAUAACGCCCUGGAACAACAUUCAGUAUAAUUCAUCUUCCUCGAAUCUAGCACAGCACGGGUUACACCCCUGGUACCAGCAUCUCCUGGUCAAUCUCCCACUACUAAUAGGACCCGCUGUUGUUCUUUUAUUUAGGAGACCGCAUCUAUCUCCCAGGCUCUACUCCGCAAUCUCAGGGGUUGCCGUUCUGUCUAUUUUCCAACAUCAGGAAGCCCGAUUCCUACUUCCAGCCAUACCCCUCUUACUUUCUUCCAUACGACUUCCAAAGAAGCCGACGCAUCUGAAUGCAUGGAUUGCCGUGUGGGUAUGCUUCAACGCAAUCCUUGCCCUCCUCAUGGGAGUGUACCACCAAGGCGGUAUCGUUCCCACCCAAGUGUUCAUGAGCAAACAGCCAGACGCGACACGGGCUAUAUGGUGGAAAACUUACAUGCCGCCAAUAUGGCUCCUCAACGGCAAAAACGCCGUCCUGCAGACCACCGACGUGGCCGGCAUGGCAGGCGACGAGCUGCUGGAAUCACUGCAGACGAUUGCAACCUGCGACACGCCCGCCGACCGGAGAAACCGCGAGUACCUCAAGGAGCGCAACGGCACCUACCUCAUCGCGCCCCUCUCCACCACCUGGCUCGACCCGUACCUCGACAACAAAGGCCUCGACGGGCUCCGCUUCAGAGAGGUCUGGCGCUACAGCAAGCACCUGAACCUCGACGACCUCGACUGGGCUGAGGACGGGUUCUGGCCUACCAUCAAGAGGGUCAUCGGGAGGAGGGGGCUGGCGGCUUGGAGGGUCACGAAGAGCUGUGGGCCUCCGGCGAGAUAGCGGGGGUUUGGGUUGUGAAUGAAUGAAUGAAUGAAGGAAAGAAAGGAAAGAAGGAAGAGAGAGAGAAGAAAGUAAAGUAAAGUAAAGUAAAAUUAAAUUUAGAAAAAUGAAGAAAUAAAAAUAGAAUAAUUCCGUUUCAAUGUGG